AUGGUUACACAAGGUAAACUUCAGAUCAACGCCGUGGAGAAUGUCGAAGAGCAAGCUUACAAAGUGUUUUUCACUCUCUCCACAGAUAAAAGCUCAGGGAGGCUGGGAUGUUUUGGUUGGCUGCUGGUCCUCAUAUCCCUCACCUUUAUAGCAGCAACUUUCCCGCUCACAAUAUUUAUGUGUGUUAAGAUAGUGAAGGAGUACGAACGAGCGGUCAUUUUCAGACUGGGCCGGAUCACAGACAGGAAACCUAAAGGGCCAGGACUUUUCUUUGUUCUGCCCUGCACUGAUAACUUUGUGAAGGUCGACCUGAGAACUGUGUCCUUUGACAUCCCUCCACAAGAGAUCCUAACCAAAGACUCGGUGACGGUGUCUGUGGAUGGCGUGGUGUACUUCCGCAUACACUGCCCCAUCUCAUCCGUGGCCAACGUGUCCAACGCACACUCAUCCACACGGCUGCUGGCUCAAACCACCCUGAGGAAUGUACUCGGUACCAAAAACCUGGCAGAGCUGCUAUCUGACAGAGAGGGCAUAUCACUCAGUAUGCAGGAGGCCCUGGAUGAAGCCACCGAUCCGUGGGGUAUUAAGGUGGAGCGUGUGGAGAUCAAGGACGUGAAGUUGCCUCAGCAGCUGCAGAGAGCCAUGGCAGCAGAGGCAGAGGCCAGCCGGGAGGCCAGAGCGAAGAUCAUUGCUGCGGAGGGUGAAAUGAAGGCCUCCAGGGCUCUGAAAGAAGCCUCUCUGGUGAUUGCGGAGUCACCUUCUGCUCUCCAGCUGCGAUACCUGCAGAGCCUCAACUCCAUCGCAGCAGAGAAGAACUCCACCAUCAUCUUCCCUCUGCCUAUAGAUAUGUUGCAAGGUUUUAUGCAGAGGAAGUGA